AAACCUGUCGCGUCUUCAUCUCCUCGCUCCCUGAUUGUUCCCCCCCCUCGUCCACACUAUCGCUGUUCGUCCGCUGCCUGCGCUCAUUGUACGCCUGCUGCACUGUUGCACCAUUGCAGACUUUUGCUUUCGCCUACGUAGCCUUGCAUCCCAUCACCCCCCGUGAUCCAUCCCCAAUUCUUACCCUUUCAUCCCGAAUCCGCCUAAUCGAUAAAAAAAGUGGUGUCUCCCCACUCGGUCCGCAUCCGCAACGCUACCUAACGCACCCCGCAAGUCUCGCCCAGCAACGCGUCGACGGCCUGCUGAAGCCAAUCGUCCGCUUUGCCAGCUCACGCCUAGCGAAAGACUUUGCUGGAGCCUGCCGUUGCAUCCCACGUACCAUUCACUUAUCGCGCCCCUAUCAGCCUGCUUUCACCUUCCUCUAUCGCUGCUUCUUCUUGUUCUGUUUUUCUCAUCAUGGUCACCCAACGCAGGUACUCAGUUACGGGCCAAACACCACCCGACGACGCCGAAGCCAUGAAGGCGCGCUCGCCCAAGCUCCAGUCUCUUGAUACCAACGUCCAAACGCCGCCCUGUGGAUACUGUGACGCCGCGUCCGAAUUGAGCGCCAGCGGCGAUGAUGGCGCACCCGAGCAGCGGAGAGGGAGGAAGAUGGGCCCCAACGGCACCAUUGUACGCACAUCGAGCAAACGAUCCGCUACCCAGCUGCCCUCGCCCAGCUCGCCCUCACAGCAGCUACCGCAAAAGAUUCCGCGGUACCGACUGUGCCAUGACGAGCACGCCGACGUUGACAUGGACUCGGACACGGACACGGGUUCGGAUGGCACGGACGGGCUGGGCGAUGGGAGCGAGGUUGAUGACGACCAUGGUCUGGAAAGCCGGGCAACGUCUGUCCCCUCAACGCCCGACCAUUCACUUGGAUACAGUGCGCUGGGUUUACCCGAGGCCACGCGCCUCGAAGGGCUGCGGCUGUAUGCGGAAGAGAGACCAGACGACGAGCACAUGGAAGACUAUGCACUAUCACCCCCGCAUUCGAGAAACAACAGCGUCAACCGCACGCAGUUUGAUGGUGCCAGCGUACUGCAGGCGGAGUGGGCGGCACAUGUUGCGAUGCACAAGGAUAAGUCGGAAACAGUCCAUAUUGAGAAUAUCGAGAACAUUGAACCCGCCGAAAACAUAGAAACUGCAGAAGACGUCGAACCCGCUGAAGACAUCCAAACAACCCCGACCGAUAUCGGGCAACCGCUGCCCACCGAAACCACGCACGAUCCUCUUACCUUUAUUAGCCUACCCCCCGAAAUCCGACACCAAAUCUACCGCUGCUGCGAAAACCUCGUCGUCGAUAAACCGCUCGUAUACUGUAUCUCGACAUUUAAUGGCGAGAUGCAACACCCGCUCGCCUCGGUAUCCCGGCUUGUGCGCUCAGAAGCGCUAGCGAUAUUCUACAGCUACAAUCUCUGGGUAAUCAAAGUGGAAUUCCGAAUGAUGUACGAAGCCUUCCGGGACUGGAUUAUUCGGCUUGGAGAAGGCGCGGGGCUUCUCCGUCUCAUCGCUUUAUCUGUGCGGGGCUCGCUGUUCAAGCCCAAGAAGAGCCACGGGCAGAGCGUGCUGAUUCACGGGCAUCUGGUACAACUUGCACCGGGGAUUAUUGGGCCAGCGGCGGGAUCGCGAGAGGAGCUGUAUUGUCCGCCGGAUGGCGAUGCGAGUUUCAAGAUUGAUCUUAGUGAGAAGCAUGCGGGGGGCAUGGUGCAGCUUGUAAGGAAUGAUGGUACGAGUGAGGCAGGGGAGAAGGCAAGGGUGUUUCUUAGUAAGAUGGUUGAAGGGCUUUGGGAGAAGAGGAGGGCGGGCACGCUGAAUGGACAAGAUUGGAUUACUAUGGUGGACAGUUUUCUGUCGUUUAUUGGGGGGUGGUGAUGAGGUUUUGCUGCCGGACUUUUUUGGGUUGAUCUCACGUCUGUUUGAUGAGGAAGUGGAAAAGGAGGAAAACAAAACACGUGUAUUUGGAGGGACUGGACAAUAUAUUUUGGGGCAAUCUUUUUGAUUCUUUUUUUUUUGGGGG